CCGAACACAUUCUGUUUGGUCUGGAACUGGCAGCAUCCAACGGUUUAGAUUCAUCCUGACGUGCCCCAACACAACACUUUCUUCCAACUUCUGAAAUUGCCUUUGCAUGUCGUCUACCCGUUGCUUAAAUUAAAUAAAAUAAAUAUAAGCAAAAGCAAGUCCAUCAAACCAAGUAAUGAUUCUCCUUUUCUGGGUGUUUGCUUUACCCUAUUGCCAUUCCUUUCUUUACUUCAAGACUAGACCCCCUUUUCUCUUUUCAAAUUGAAAAGGGAACUUUCCCUUCCCUUCUUCCACAAUCCAUAUGCUCCUCAAAGUUGCCACAAUGAUCAAUCCUCUGACCAAAUUGUAAUGGUCAAUUCUAUUGGUUCAAACGCCAAGAGUUGGAAUUCCCACCUAAAAAUAAAAUGCUGGAAUAUUCAGGUGUCUGUACUGUCAGAUCCGAAGAAUAGAUCAUUCUACUGCAGUCUCUUCAUUGUACUUUCAUUGAUUUCCGGUGCUUAUUUCAUUGGUAGUGCGUCCAUUUCUCAGGAGUACAAGGAAAAAUUAACUAGAUGGAAAGUUAUCUACAAUAUGCAGAAUACAAAUCUUGGUACUUGCAAGAAACGGUGCCAGCCGUCAGGGACUGAGGCAUUACCGGAAGGAAUUGUUGUCAAAACAUCGGACUUGGAAAUGCGGCCUUUAUGGGGCUCCUCUAUGAAAAAUAAAAACUCAACGCCUUCAAUGAGCUUGCUGGCUAUUGCAGUUGGAAUAAAACAGAAAGAAAUAGUGGACAAAAUUGUUAGGAAGUUUCUAUCAAGUGAUUUUGUGGUAAUGCUUUUCCAUUAUGAUGGUGCUGUGGAUAAAUGGAGGGACUUACCUUGGAGUGAUACUGCCAUACAUGUAUCUGUGAUGAACCAAACAAAAUGGUGGUUCGCAAAACGUUUCUUGCAUCCAGAUAUAGUGACUGAAUAUAAAUAUAUUUUUCUCUGGGAUGAGGACCUCGGAGUUGAGAAUUUUGAUCCAGAACGAUAUCUAUCAAUUAUUCGGGAAGAGGGACUUGAAAUAUCACAGCCAGCACUUGAUCCUGUCAAAUCGGAGGUGUAUCAUCCAAUCACUGCACGUGCAAAGAAAUCAAAAGUGCACAGAAGGUUUUAUAAGUUCAAAGGCAGUGGAAGGUGCGAUGAUCAGAGCUCUGGUCCUCCAUGUAUAGGUUGGGUGGAAAUGAUGGCACCUGUAUUCUCAAGUGCGGCUUGGCAAUGUGUAUGGUACAUGAUUCAGAAUGACUUGAUCCAUGCAUGGGGACUGGAUGUGCAGCUUGGUUACUGUGCACAAGGGGAUCGAAUGAAAAAUGUUGGUGUGGUUGACUCGGAAUAUAUAGUUCAUCUUGGUCUUCCUACACUUGGUGUCGCAGAUGACAAUAAGGGUAUCAAUGGCAUGGCUCAUUCUCACAAAGAGGGCUCAAAAGCAUUGGCACCGUCUGGCCUCCCUCAAGCCAGUAAUAGAGCUAAAGUUAGGAUGCAGUCCUUCAUUGACAUGCGGAUCUUUAAGGAAAGAUGGAGGAAUGCAGUCAAGGAGGAUAAAUGUUGGGUUGACCCAUAUUAACUAUUAGCAAACCCAGUUAUCCGUAAAUUCUAUUUAUACAACUUCCUUCAUGUGAAAAUUCGAGGUGGGUGACCAUUAUUAUACAAAAAGAUAGAAGACAUCAGAUCAAAUAGCCGAUGACAAAUAUUUUGGAGUUCGACAAAAGAAGUUAUGAUGUGAAAUGACAUCGCUUAUUGUACAUGCAGUAUAUUGUUGUAUCCCUGGCUGGAAUGACCAAUCCAUCAAUUUUGGGUUGUGAUUGCAUCACAUUUUGUUGUAAAUAUCACCAUGUAAAAUUUAUUGAUGCGUCAAAACUUUAUGAUGUAAUGAAUAUUGUUGACCCAAGCAAUGUUAUUCUUUAAUUUCUGUGGGGAAUUUUCAUGCA